AUGAACGACACAGCAGAGCACAAGGCGGCCAUGGACCACGAGAUCGAAGUCGCCCACAACGAGGGCAAAGAAGUCCCGGCCGGAUACGAAGACCCGCACAGAGCUGCGCUCGAGGACAAUCCGGAGCAUGCUGAGAAGCUUAGUCUCUCGGUCGUUCUCUCCGCCCUCUUCCUUGGGACAUCUUUCACCGGUCCUAUCAUUUUCGGCUUUAUCCUGGCAACGCCCAUUUUAGUGCAAUUGAGCCAGAAAUUGGGCGGCGAGAACAUCGACUUCUGGAUCCCAUCUGGCUGGGGUGCCGCCGCCGCCGUUGGGUUUUCGAUUGCAGGAAGGCUGUCCGACGUCUUCGGUCGACGAUAUGUGAUACUCGUCGGGCAACUUCUAACAAUUAUCGGUGGUGCUGUUGCAUGCAGCGCGCAGAGCAUGAACCAGCUUAUCGCUGGCGAGGUCAUUCUGGGAGGUUCUAUUGGCACAGUAUCAGUCGCCUAUGCUGGUAUUUCAGAAAUCUUGCCCAACAAGUGGCGCGGUGCUGGUCUCGCCUGGACCGAGUUCAACCUUGCCACCUGGGCCAUUGCAGGAACGCUCCUUGCCAAUGCUCUCCUGUCUCAUGCCAGCUGGCGAGUCAUGUACUACAUCGCAAUGGGAUACGGCGCAUUCUCGCUCGUCGGGACAUUCUUCGUGUAUUUCCCGCCCAGUCACCCGCGUCCCGAUGGCAAGACCAAAUGGCAGGAGUUCAAGGAACUGGAUUUUAUCGGCACUUUUCUCUUCGUGUCUGGUCUGGCCGUGUUCCUUUACGGCCUAAAUUCCGGUGGCAACACCUAUCCCUGGAAAGCGGCGGGCACUCUUGCACCACUGAUACUCGGCCUCUUCAUCUUCUUGGCAGCUUUCGCGUAUGACUUCACCAUGGCGAAGGACCCUCUCUUCCCGUGGUACUUGUUCAAGAGCUUCCGGCAUUUCUCGUCACUGCUCAUGCUCGUCUUCGUCGCGGGCAUGGUGUUCUUCGCCGCGUCCGCGCUCAACGCUCAAACCAUCCUCUACCUUUAUACGGCAGAUCCGAUCAAGAUCGGUGUCUAUUCAAUUCCAUCUGGUGCUGGUCAGCUCGUCGGCGGCGUCAUCAUCCCCGGACUGGUACAUUACAUCAAGCAUGUCCAUAUCCAACUCACCUUCUCGGUCUUCAUGCAAACACUCUUUUUCGGCCUUGCCGCGCUCAUCACGCCUCAUAACAUCAAUUGGCUCAUGGCAGUGCAGUUCCUGGCCAUGCUUCCGUUCGGCUGGAUCACGCUCAACUGUUACACGACGGCUUCGCUGCAUGUGCCCCAGCGCGAUCUGGGUGUGGCAAUCGGAUUGAUCGGCACAUUCCGCUCUCUGGGAGGAGCUGUCGGUUCGGUCGUCUUCUCCUCCAUUUUCAACCAAAUCGCAGCGAAACAGGUCGCUAAACGCAUAGCCAACACAGCUGUGGCAGGAGGUGUCUCUGGUGACACUAUUCCGGACCUGAUCGAGGCGGUAUCGUUGACUCUUGUCGGCGUGCCAGGCCAGGCUGCCACAGUGCCCAGCGUCUCAGCAUCAGUGUUUGCCAAUGCCGUCGAGGCAGCUCGUCUUGGUUAUGCCUAUGGUUUCCGCAUUACAUGGUUGGCUUCGAUUCCCUUCGGUGUCAUUGCUAUGGCUUGUGCUGUGGCAGUCCGAGAUCCUUCGAAAUACUUCACUAACCAUGUUGAGAUUCAUCUCGAGAAGGAAAUCGGCGGGCCGAAGGCAAAGCAUACGAAGGAGGUUGAACAGUAG